AUGAUUUAAUAUGAAUAUAUUUAUCCGCAUCAAUUACUUCUAAACUUAAAUAUCUAGUUUUAUAAAAUCCAUUUCUCUAGAUAUAUUCAUUAAUUAAUCAUUUUCAUAUUUAAUUUAGAUAAUACCUGNAAAUUUAUAAUAAUAAAUUCAAUUUUGGAGAAUUUCUAUAAGAUAAUGGCAUAAAUGUAAAAUUGUAAUAUAGAUUAUUAGUUUUUGUAAUAUUAAUCUAAUGAAAUAGUGAAUCAUAAUUUGUUAGUAAAUUCAUCAAUAAAAAGUAGAAGUCAAAAAGAAUUGGAAUAUUUAGAUAAUUAUUAUGGAUUAUAGACUAAACAAUUAACAAAUGAAUGUUGGACAAAUAGAAAAGAGUAAUUAAAAAUAAAAAAAGAAUAAUUGGAAAAUAAUGUGUAUAUAGGAUAAGAAGCAAAAGAAUUAGGUUUAGUAGAUGAAUUAGGCACAUAUGAGAAAGUUCUUAUGUAAUAGUAUCCAAAAGCAAAAUUAAUACCAAUCAAUUUGGAAGGAAAAUUAAGAGUAUAUGAAAAUUGGUUUAAUUUAUUCAUAAAAAUAUCAUAAUCAAGUAUAAAAUAUUGAUAAAUUAAUUAAGGAGGCUUUAUUGGUUUAGUAUUAUUAUUUGGAGUUAAAGUAAUGGUGAAAUGGGGAUUUAUAAUAUAUGUAUGGAGAUAAUCUGUUAAAUAAAGAAGAUUAUCGAAGCAAUAAGAAUCAUUAUAAUAAUAAUGA